UAAGGAGAUCCAGUGGCAUGGACUUACAGGGCCGUCAUCCCCUAUAAAUACCGGGGUAGAAGGUAGCGAUAAGACUCGAACCUCUCCGAGAAACGAGAACAGCUAUCGACUCCUCCCAGAUCUACUACAGCUAGGGUUUUAGCUCUCAUCCAGUUCCCAGAGAAAAUGGAGACCUUCCUAUUCACUUCGGAAUCCGUCAACGAGGGCCACCCCGACAAACUGUGUGACCAGAUCUCCGAUGCAGUCCUUGAUGCCUGUCUCGAGCAAGACCCCGAUAGCAAGGUCGCCUGCGAGACCUGCACCAAGACCAACAUGGUCAUGGUCUUUGGUGAGAUCACCACCAAGGCCAACAUCGACUAUGAGAAGAUUGUCCGGGACACAUGCCGCACGAUCGGAUUCGUAUCCGAUGAUGUUGGCCUCGAUGCUGAUAACUGCAAGGUCCUUGUGAACAUCGAGCAGCAGAGCCCUGACAUUGCACAGGGUGUCCAUGGCCACUUCACCAAGCGCCCUGAGGAGAUCGGAGCUGGUGAUCAGGGCCACAUGUUCGGCUAUGCCACUGACGAGACACCGGAGCUGAUGCCCCUCAGCCAUGUCCUGGCCACCAAGCUUGGUGCACGCCUCACCGAGGUCCGUAAGAAUGGCACCUGUGCCUGGUUGAGGCCCGAUGGCAAGACCCAGGUCACCGUCGAGUACCAAAACGACAAAGGCGCCAUGGUCCCCAUCCGCGUCCACACCGUCCUCAUCUCGACCCAGCACGAUGAGACUGUCACCAACGAUGAGAUCGCUGCUGACCUCAAGGAGCACGUCAUCAAGCCCAUCAUCCCCGAGAAGUACCUUGACGAGAAGACCAUCUUCCACCUCAACCCCUCGGGCCGGUUUGUCAUUGGUGGGCCCCAUGGUGAUGCUGGGCUCACUGGCCGCAAGAUCAUCAUCGACACCUAUGGUGGCUGGGGAGCCCACGGAGGGGGUGCCUUCUCUGGCAAGGACCCAACCAAGGUGGACCGCAGCGGUGCCUACAUUGUGAGGCAGGCAGCCAAGAGCAUCGUCGCCAACGGGCUAGCCCGGAGGUGCAUUGUGCAGGUGUCAUAUGCCAUCGGCGUGCCAGAGCCACUGUCAGUGUUCGUGGACACGUACGGGACAGGGAAGAUACCCGACAAGGAGAUACUGAAGAUAGUGAAGGAGAACUUCGACUUCAGGCCGGGCAUGAUCACGAUCAACCUCGACCUGAAGAGGGGAGGCAACAGCAGGUUCUUAAAGACAGCCGCCUACGGUCACUUUGGUAGGGACGACACGGAUUUUACAUGGGAGGUGGUGAAGCCCCUCAAGUGGGAGAAGACGUCUGCAUAGAAUCUCUCUCUCCCACAUAUACAUAAUACAAGCGUUUGAAUCUCUUACGUUUGGGUGUAUAGCUUGAUGCUGCAGCCACGCUCGCUCGCUCUCUCAAUCGCAAGAGAAUUCCUUGCAUUGCCUACUAUCUUCUCUAUAUCUUUUAACCAUCUUGUGUUUCUGUUUUUUUUUCCUUCUUUUUUCGGUGUUGCUUGGAUGAUGGAAGAAUUGAUAAAAAUGAAGAUAUCGAUUUUUGUUUAAUGAAUUUGAAAGAGAAAAGAGAGCCUUCCUUA